AAUGUGUUUGGUAUAAUUUUGUCAAAAUAUGCUGGUUGCAGUGUAAACAGAUGACUGUGAAGGAAAGUAUGAAGCAUGUUCUUUGCUGUAAAUGCAUUACUACCAACACCAGCGUAUCACACAGUAAAUCCCUGUGCUGUGCACCUCAUAUGAGUAUUGUAGUGGAUCUGUAAAGAAGAUUAACCUCUCAGCAAGAAAGUGGAUUUGGUUCAGUUUGAGCAUGUAUUGUCAUUCGGAUUGGAAGCCAGUGAAAUUUAAACAGAUUUGUUUCUCAAGAUUUGGUGCUCUGCUCUUGGACUUUAUGAGGAAAUUGAUGCUGGAGCUUACUGGGAAAUCGUAGAUGGAAAAUGGCCAGAGAGUUUGGAACUUCUGCCUGUGGCCCUACGGAGGUACCUGAACCCAGUGAAUUACUAAUGUCACAUCAAGUAGACGAAGAGAAAGGAACUGAAACCAAAGUGGAGUCAACUAAUGAAAACAUUAAUGACAAGCUGAUCAACAGCUUAAAUCCGUCCAACAUUUAUUACAAUGGCAACAUGAAAUCGUUGUGUAAUGAAUCUGCAAAUGGGAGCAUUGAUAUCCUGUUAUCCAUCGGUGAUCCAGACUCUAGAAUGUUUCAGAAUUCAACUCCACAAAAAGUAGAUAACUGUUGUGACCAUAGAAACAUCAAAGGACAUGAAAAUGGGGAAGAUAAUACGGGUCCUUCAAAAAUAAUGCAAAUAUUUUCAAGUCCUAGGAAGAAGGCCAUUUGGAGCUCUGAUAAUAGACCCUGUUCCGUGAUAACAUUGGAGAAUUCUCCCACUUGGAAUGCCUUAUCAUCCUUACGGAAAAUGGGUUCUUUCAAAAAGUUGAAAUCUUCUGUUCUUCAAGGAAUUCAAACAAGAGAAAACUCUGAGGUUAUAAAUGUGGAAAAUUAUGAAAAUGUGCACAAAUUUGUGCAAAAUGGCACUGGCAAGAAAAUGCAGAAUAGGUCUUCUUGCAUAGACUCUUUGCCUGAUGUAUGUAGCUCUGUAGAGAACUUUGCUUCAGAUGGCUCAGAAACUGAAGAUAUUGAUGAAGCCUUUUUGCGCCAUACUCACCGAUCACGGAGCAUUAGACGUGCUUACAGGGCUGGUCGGAUAAAUUUAACUGAUUGUGAUAAAUCACCCAGUCAAGAGGACUCCACCAGAGUUGUACUUCUUGGGGCUCAAGAUUCAAACAUUAAUGAUUUAGUAGUCACCCACUGUAAAAACCACAAAGUUAUCUAUAGAAGGAGCAAAAGUACUGAUAACUUAAGCUUUUUCAAGAAAAGUUCAUUUAAGAGGAAAUCAGCUUCCAACCUUACAGAGUUAAAACUAAACAAUGAAACUAUAGGGCUGGAAAAGACAGUAAGCACUUCAGAAAACGAUGGGGAAGCCCAAGGGAAUACUAAAACCCAGUCAAAACGUUGGAGGAGCCCAAUCAGGACUAAAGGUUUUGACAGAAUGGUGAGAUUAGUGAGUAAUGUUACAGAUGCUGCAAGAAGGCGAGAUAAUACCUCAAAGGAGAAUUCAUCACUAUGCAUACAAGGAAAUUCAACCGUUCGACCGAAUAGCAGAUUGCAUGAUGAUUACUCUCGAAGAGUUUCUAGUGGUGCUGACAGUGAAAGACAAAGAUUUAAUUCCAGCUGGAAGAAAGAUUCUUCUUUCCUUGAACCCUGUCGUCUAUUCACCUCCCCAAACAUUCCAACUACCACCAUGCACAUGGAAAAAUCAUUAUCCUCACCAGAGCUUAAAGCCAGUAGACCUUCUCAGUGUUCCAACAUAGAUGUGAUAAAUCCAAGCAAUCAAAUUGCUUGUUCGCUCAUUUGUCCUGCUACUAAUGAAGUUUUCCUCAACAAUUCAAGUGAUUUGACUCAGUUCACAAUUAAAGAUGAACAGUGUGGUAUUCCUGACAGGCCAACUGUUUCUAAACCUCAGAGUCUUAGUGCUGAAAAGAGAAAACACAAUACAACAUUCCAUUGUUCAAAUCAAAAGAGUGCUUCAUCACUUAGCUCAAUGGACAGUGAUAGACGAAUUGAAGAAGUUAUCCCAAAAGCUGGAAGAUGUCCUGUAUCAUUUCAGGAUCUGGUGCAAACCGUGUACUUCGAUGAUGGUAAUGAGGACAGUGAGAUAAGCAGUUAUUCACAGUUUAGUCUGAACACAGUAGUUUCUGGAAUGGAUGAAAAGAAGGAUGAGGUCUCUUCCCUGGAAGAUGAAAAGACAAACACACAGAGAAUUGCUCAAAGACGAUGGAACUGUGGGAAAGGCAGGCUGCGACAACGGCCGCUUUCAGACUGUGGCCAGUUUGCAAGCAUUAACUUUUCUAUCCCAGAGAAUGGUCUUCCUAUUCAGCCUCAAAAAAUGGAGUUUGGAGAUUGUGAAGGUAGCACUGAGACACCUUGUGUUGACUCCCAGGCACAAAAAUAUACCAGUAUUCAGCAACAUCGAAAUGAAAAAAGAAGACCCAUCUCUGUAAUUGACGGGUUUAAUAUCUACGGAAAUAAUAAGUCUGAGGAAAUGGACCUUUUUACAGUACAAUCAGUUGUUCGACCACCCAUUCCUUCACAUCAAGUACCACCAUACAAAGCAGUGUCUGCCAGAAUUCGACCAUUAACCUUUUCCCAUAGUACACCCAUUGGCUUGGAUCGAGUUGGAUGCAGGAGACAAAAGAGGACAUCGUAUAUUUGUGCAGAUGGAGGUACAGAGUCUUCUGCACUGGUUGAUGACAAUGGCAGUGAGGAGGAUUUAGCAUUUGCAGAAAUAAGCCACGCAAACCCCAGGUAUCUUCAGCCUGGUGAAGAACAGCUUGCUGUAAAUGAGCUAAUAAGUGACGGCCACAUUGUAUAUGCAGAGGCACUAUGGGAUCAUGUUACCAUGGAUGAUCAGGAGCUUGGAUUCAAAGCCGGAGAAGUCAUCCGAGUACUUGAUGCCUCCAACAAGGAAUGGUGGUGGGGAUUGAUUGAUGACAAAGAAGCUUGGUUUCCUGCCAGCUUUGUUCGACUACGGGUGAACCAGGAAGGUGCAGUAGGUGAAUACACUGGCAAGUUUCCAGAUGAGCAGUUGGAUACCCACUUCAAUAAAUAUCACCUUCACAAGAAUGCGAAAAACCAAGAGCAGAUGAGAACAAAUGUAAUCCAAGAGAUAAUGAACACUGAACGGGUCUAUAUCAAGCAUCUGAAAGACAUCUGUGAGGGGUAUAUUCGUCAGUGUCGCAAACAUACAGGGAUGUUUGCUGAAGAACAGUUGACUACCAUUUUUGGGAACAUUGAAGAGAUUUACAAAUUCCAGAGGAAAUUUCUGAAGGACUUGGAGAAACAGUUCAAUCGAAAUGAGCCUCAUCUGAGUGAAAUAGGGUCCUGUUUCCUUCGACAUCAAGCUGAGUUUGGGAUAUACUCAGAAUAUUGCAAUAAUCAUCCCAGUGCAUGUCUUGAGCUUGCCAGACUAAUGAAGCAAAGUAAAUACCGUCACUUUUUUGAGGCUUGUCGACUGCUUCAACAGAUGAUUGACAUUGCCAUUGAUGGCUUUCUUUUGACUCCAGUCCAGAAGAUUUGUAAAUACCCACUACAGCUUGCUGAAUUACUCAAAUAUACUACCCCAGAUCACAGUGAUUACCAAAGCAUCAGUGCUGCUUAUGAGGCCAUGAAGAAUGUAGCACAUCUGAUUAAUGAACGCAAAAGGCGACUAGAAAGUGUAGACAAGAUUGCUCAGUGGCAAGUGUCCAUUGUAAACUGGGAGGGGCAAGAUGUUUUAACUAGAAGUUCUGAACUAAUCUUUUCUGGAGAGUUGACCAAAAUCUCAAGCCAAGGAAAAAACCAACAGAGAACUUUAUUUCUUUUUGACCAUCAAUUGUUUUUCUGUAAAAAAGAUAGACUGAGACGAGAUUUGUUAUAUUAUAAAGGCCACAUUGACAUGGAUGAGAUAAAAGCAGUGAAUGUCGAGGAUGGCAAAGACAAAGAUCUUAACAUUCACAUAAAAAAUGCCUUUAAAUUGAUAAGUAAAGUAACAGAGGAAGUCCACCUAUUCUGUGCCAGAAAGCCAGAGGACAAACAACGAUGGCUGCAGGCAUGUAUAGAUGAAAGGAGAAGAGUACAAGAAGACAAAGAAAUGGGAUUUGAAAUAUCAGAGAGCCAGAAGAAACAAGCUAUGCUAAAUGCCAAAAAAUCCAGGCGUGGGAAAAUGAAGGGAAUGAAUUACAGUGGAUUUUCUGUUCCUCUACAUCAGCCCCUUCAUCCACUCCACCAACGUCACAUCACAGUACCUACCAGUAUUCCUCAACAACAAGUUUUUGCACUGGCUGAGCCUAAACGUAAACCAUCUCCAUUUUGGCACAGCUUUAGCAAGUUGACCCCCUUUAAGAAAUGAAAAGGUAUUUGGUUCCUAUAAGGAUGAAAAUAACUAAACCAAUCACUGUGGAGUUUCAACUUUUUGAAAGUUGUGGAAAGUAAUUCUGAGAAUAGUUGGAACAAUAAAGAGCCAUCAUGUAUGAAUUUAAGAAUUGUGCUUCUGCUUUCCACAUUUCUCAGUUGAUGCCUUUCAAAUAACUAAUUAGCCAGAAAAUGAAGAACGAAGCCAUCACAAAAAAAUCUACAUUAUUUUUCUUUAUUUCAUGGAAAUGAAAUUUGCAAUAUUCCCAACUGAGAUAAAUCCACAGGCCCGAUGUUGUUUCAGAGAUUUUCCAAAGAACUAUAUUAUUGCAAUGUGACAUGUUACCAAAAUGUACAUAGACAUAGGUUACUAAAUUUGAGAUGUGCUUUAAGUGAAGACUUUUGCAGAUGAAUUCCUUCAUAGAAACAACGAAUUGCAAGGAAAUAAAAUUGUUUCUUCCUCACUUAUUAAGGCCUUAAAAUUCAUUGUUUACUUGUACUGAAAGCACAAUUAGAAUUUUCUUCCUUUUGCCAUAUGUAAGUCAGCAGGCUCAGUAGAGGGGCAAUUUAAUUCUCUUGAUUCCAAAUGAAGAAUACCAAAACAAGCACACAUGGACCGUUACUUUUGAUUUUAUCUUAAUGAUCAUUAUAAUUAUGGCAUGAACUGUGAGAACAAAAACCAAAUCCUUGCAUCACCAAUUCUACCCAAAAUGUGUCUCAGUAAAUGCAUUUAUGGAAUUGCUGCAUGUUUCUAGAGAUGGUGAUUUUAAGUAUUUUACAAAGUCUUGACUUUAAAACUUACUUUAAAAAGUAUAGCACUGUUCUUUCACUAUUGACUAAUUUAUUGUAUAAAUGAUGCCUUAAAGAUUGUAUGGCAUUGAAAUGUAUUUAUAACAAAAAAGCAUCUUGCAACAUGUCUUUUAAGUUACAGAGGGAAUUGUUGUUUAGGGAAAUGUUACUAUCAAACUAUAGUGCAAGUCUUAUGCACUGAAAUACAGUACGUUAGCCACAAUAACUGCUAAAAAAGCUGGAAAAAAACUAUUUUUCAGGUGUCCAGUCAAAUGAUUUGCAUUAUUAAAAUUGUUCUGUACAUACUGAGAGUUUAUGUAUUUGAUCUUUUGCUGAGACUACUUUUGCUCUUGUGACAUUUAACUUCAUGCAAUAGUAAUGCCUUGAAUGCAUUGUUACUUUUUGUCUAUGACCGGAUAAACCCAUUUGCCAGUUGUACAAUAUUGGAACAUAAAGCAUAAAUGUACAUAACUGAUGUAACUAUUUUUAAGCUAGUUUGUUUUUUAUUGAUGCAGUAAUUUAUCUGCAGUUAAUGUAAUAAAAACAAUUGCUAAAUUUGUUUAUUUUGG